UCGAAAAAAAUGGAUCAAAGAAUCUGUAUUAAAUUUUGUGUGAAAAAUAAAAUGAAGUGCUCUAACGUACUUAAAAUGUUAACUGCGGCAUUUGGCGAGUCUACUUUGAGCAAAAAAAAUGUUUAUAAGUGGUACAAGCUCUUCACAGAACGCCGAGAAGAUGUUAAUGACGAUGCCCGCCCUGGUCGCCCCAGCACGUCAACAACCGAUGAAAACGUUGAAGAAGUGAAGAAAAUUGUUAUGGAGAAUCGUCGAAUCACUAUUAGAGAAAUUGCUGAGGAUGUCGGCAUAUCGGUUGGCUCACGCCAUGCAAUUUUUUCGGAUCUUUUAGACAUGAAACGUGUGGCAGCGAAGUUUGUUCCGAAAUUGCUAAAUUUUGACCAAAAGAACUCGCAUGAGCAUCGCUCAGGAGCUGUUGAAUGACGUCAACGACGAUUCAGAUUUGCU